AAGCUUCGCACGCACACACGCACGGGCUGGCUGGCAGAGCGUAACACACAAGGCUUGCUGACAGGAAAACUCGAGAGGAGAGAACCUCGAACAAAAGUGGCCAUGGACCUGAUCCCAAGCUUUUCCACAGGAACCUGGGUUCUCCUGGCUACCAGCCUGGUGCUCCUCUAUCUAUAUGGGACCUAUACACAUGGACUUUUUAAGAAACUGGGAAUCCCUGGGCCAACACCCCUACCUUUUAUGGGAACUGUUCUGGGCUACCGUAAGGGUAUAUGGGAUUUUGACAUGGACUGCUUUAAAAAGUAUGGAAACAUGUGGGGGUUCUAUGAUGGUCGGCAGCCUGUGUUGGCAAUCACUGAUCUAGAAGUGAUCAAAACAGUCCUAGUAAAAGAAUGUUAUUCUGUCUUCACAAAUAGGCGGGCCGUUGGUCCGGUGGGAUUUAUGAAAAGUGCCAUCUCUAUAGCUGAGGAUGAAACUUGGAAGAGAAUACGAACAUUGCUGUCUCCAACCUUCACCAGUGGAAAGCUCAAGGAGAUGUUCCCCAUCAUUGGCCAGUAUGCAGAUGUGUUGGUCAGCAACCUGAGGAAGGAAGCAGAGAAAGGCAAGCCCAUCACCUUGAAAGACGUGUUUGGGGCCUACAGCAUGGAUGUGAUUACUGGCACAUCAUUUGGAGUGAACAUUGAUUCCCUGAAUAACCCACAAGAUCCCUUUGUGGAACAUAUCCAGAAGCUCUUAAAAUUUAGUUUCUUCGAUCCAUACGUUCUCUGCAUAACACUCUUCCCAUUCCUUGGCCCAGUUUUUGAAGCAUUUAAUAUUACUCUGUUUCCAAGAAGUGUGACUGAUUUUUUCAAAAAAUCUGUAAAAAGAAUGAAAGAAAAUCGCCUCCAAGAUAAACAAAAGCACCGAGUGGAUUUUCUUCAGCUGAUGAUUAACUCUCAGAAUUCCAAAGAAACAGACUCCCAUAAAGCUAUGACCGAUCUGGAGCUUGUUGCCCAAUCUAUUAUUUUUAUUUUUGCUGGCUAUGAAACCACUAGCACUUCUCUUUCCUUCUUUAUGUAUCUUAUGGCCAUUCACCCUGAUGUGCAGCAAAAACUGCAAGAGGAGAUCGACGUAACAUUUCCCAAUAAGGCAACUCCCACCUAUGAUGCCCUGGCACAGAUGGAGUAUCUUGACAUGGUGAUGAAUGAAAACCUCAGAUUAUACCCAAUUGCUGGUAGACUUGAGCGGGUCUGUAAGAAGGAUGUGGAAAUCAAUGGGGUGUUCAUUCCCAAAGGGACAGUGGUGAUGGUGCCAAGUUUUAUUCUUCACCGAGACUCUACAUACUGGCCAGAGCCUGAGGAGUUCCGUCCUGAAAGGUUCAGUAAGAAGAACCAGGGCAGUAUAAAUCCUUACACAUACAUGCCCUUUGGAAGUGGACCCCGAAACUGCAUUGGCAUGAGGUUUGCUAUCAUGAACAUGAAACUUGCUGUCGUCAGAGUUCUGCAGAACUUCUCCUUCAAACCUUGCAAAGAAACACAGAUCCCUCUGAAAAUAGAGUCUCAAGGACUUACUCGACCACAAAAACCCAUUGUUCUAAUGGCGGAGUUGAGAGAUGGGACUAUAAAUGGAGCCUGACAUUCCUUAAGGACUUACACAUUGUUCUUCAAGGAAGUUGUAUCCCUCGAUCCCAGAGAUCUCUAUGUACUCUGUGAAUAAAACCCCAAAAUGAAGAUGAACUUAACCUAUUGCACUUGAUGAAUGACUAGCAAUUCUGUACAUUCAUUUAGCUUUCUCAGUGUCUAUACAGAGUAUUAUAUAUUGUGUAAUAUAAGGGAUGUGACUAAAAGUGCCAAAUAUGUAGACCCAGUUUAUUGGGUUCUUAUAAUACUGGCUCCAUCCAUUCCCACUUGGUACUGUCUGCUGUUCCUUAACACUAAUCAAGAAUACAAAUUUCUCUAUAAUUUUAUCAAUAAACAUUAAUGAAAACAAGAA